CGGAAGUACCACAUCUGUUAAGAUGGCGACUCCCUAUGUAACAGAUGAGUCUGGAAAGUAUAUUGCAGCUACGCAGCGUCCAGAUGGGACAUGGAGGAAACCUCGGCGAGUGAAGGAUGGAUAUGUGCCCCAGGAGGAGGUGCCUGUAUAUGAGAAUAAAUAUGUGAAGUUUUUUAAGAGCAAACCAGAUCUCCCCCCUGGAAUGAAUCCAGAUGAUGCAGCUGCCGCCAGGCAGCAGCAGCCAGCAGCAGUGAAAACAGAAAAGGAGAACGAGACGUCCAGCCUGUCUAAAACGGCCAAGCGCAACAUGAAACGCAAAGAGAAACGUAAGCAGCAGCAGACCCACGGUCAGCAUGAAGCCAGCAAGGAGGUGGAGGCAGUUACAAGUGAGUUGGAGAAGGUUUCGUUUGCAGCUGAAGAGCAGAACAGCCCGGCCGCCUCUGCAGACCGGUCCGCCUCUGCCACAGACAAAGCCAAGAAGAUAAAGAACCUGAGGAAAAAGCUGCGCCAAGUGGAGGAGCUGCAGCAGAAAGUGGACUCAGGAGAGCUGCAGAACCCUUCCAAGGAUCAGUUGGAAAAAUUGGGACGAGCUCAAGCCUUACGGGAGGAGCUGAGGCAGCUGGAGGAAGAUUUGUAAAGCAAGAUGGUGUGUUAUAAGCAGAGGGGGCCACGGUGUAGUGUUUUCUUUCUGUAUAUACAUAUUUUUUUCAGAAAAUAGGAUAGAUCUUCAUUUAUUCACAUUGGUGAAAUUCCAGUUUUGUGAAUCCCCAUCCCACAGGCUUGUUUCAUUCUAUUCUGCCAAUCUGUGAUACAGGGAUAUUUAAUACAAUCUUAUUUCUAAACGUAAUAGUGCAGAUAGUGCUCUUCAGCCUCACCCAUACAAACAGUACAAUUCUUUUUUUUUGUGUGUGUAUAAAGUUUAGUCAUGACAGUUCUGCACUCCUGCUGGGUGGACUUUGCCAAAAAUGGACUUGGGAAUAGCUUAGAGGAGUGAGAAAGCCUUCAGUUAUUCUCUUUAAAAAUCUCACUGAGGCCUCUGUUUCCUCAUGAUGGACAUAUCAUGGUGGGAUUCCUCCAUGAUGGUGUGCAUUGUUGACACUACCUUUUUUUUUUUUUUAGACAGAAUGAAAGAACAGACUGAACACCGAGCCACUCUGAGGACACAGUAAAUAGAUGCAUUUUCCUUUUUCUUGUUUUAACAUUUGUGACUGCAGUACCAAACUUAACAUUGUAAAGCAUGUUGUACCUCUAUGGGUUACUUCUAAAACUCAUCUAAAUUGGCCAUCUAUGGACUGAAUAAGAAAAGACAGUAUUUAAGUUGUCAGCCAUGUCAUUUCUUUCUUUCAGAAAUACUUUUUACUAUGUGUUGUUUUUUAUCGUAGUAGCUGUUCAAUAUUAAGAAGUGUUGUAUUACAUUAAAGUAUAAAAGACA